AUGGACAAGAACUCGCAGCCAUCCUCUUCAGACACUGGAAGAGUGGCACUAUAUCUUACACACGCUGCGGAGCGUCUACUGAAAAGUAUCCUCCCGGAACGAGACUACAAGGACGGCACUGUAACCAGGGAAAGAAAAUCCCCCGACUAUUUACCAUAUGAGGCCAGAGGGCUAGUAUCACCAGAAAUAUCGUCAGUAGAUUCUGAUGACGGCUUGUCCUGGGAUCUGGAAGAGUACGACAUUGUGCAGAGAAACAAUCCCAGUUCAAACUUAAAAGACGCGAAGACCGAUCCAGACUCAAACAAGAACGAUGAAGACAGAGCAGCUAAUGAUCAGAUUGAUAAGCUCGAGGCAGCAUUCAAACCAACCCUCGAGACUCUUUAUGGCAAGGAAUACAUCCGGAGAAGACAGGGCCCUGACAAAUAG